AUGACGCGCUACCGCUGCCGCUGGUGCGGCUAUGUCUACGAUCCCGCCCUGGGCGAGGCGCAGCGCAACACGCCGCCGGGCACGCCCUUCGAGGAUCUGCCGGGAGACUGGAGCUGUCCCGACUGCCGGGCGCCCACCUCCGAUUCGAUCCCGUGGCGGAGGGUGCGGGCGCCGGAUAAGCGGCCCGGCUCACGCUUCCCAGUAUUCGCCCAUCUCGCGCCGGUAGCGUUCCACCUUGUCGAUAUUCGUGGCCGCCCGGCUUCCCCCGCGCGCCACGACCAUGCCGACCAGCACCUCGAUGAGGGCCGCGGCGGCGACAUAGGAGGGGAAGAGGCCGGGGCUCUGGACCGGAGUGAGCAGGAUGUCAUCGGAACAGGCGGCCAGGGGGGAGGUGCGUCGAUCGGUGAUGCCAACGACCCGUGCGCCGGCCCCCCCGCCCGCGCCUGGCAAUCCUGA